GGGGGGAUCCUGGCUGCGAGAGCCAUUGGCACAGUGCUGGAGCUGGGUUCAGAGGCCGUUCUCACCGCGUCACUGCGGCUCGGCUCGGCUCUGCUGCCCUGCGAGCUCCCCGCGGUGUAACUCGAAACCUCCGGUGGGGCUGGGAGAAAUCCGGGGGCACUCAGGCCAGGCCAACUCCUCGACACAGCUGUGUGGCUCCGGGCUGUGACAGAUGUCAGGCCGAGGGCUGGACUUACGCUGACCCGUAUGGGGUGGCCACUCGCACAUUCCCGGCCAUUCCAGUACUUCUGGGAACCACCUGGGCCUGCCCCUGCCGGUGUGACCGACCCCCACCAGCGCGAGCUCGGGCGCACGGUGCAGGCGAGAUCCGGCCGGUGGGGGCGGAGCAGGGCUCUCUUUAAAAGGGAUGUAGUGUUGCUCUGGAUUGACGCCAUCUGAAUCUCCCCGCCACCCUCCCCUUCCUUGGCCUCUUUGAGACAGUGAGCAUCAGACCCAGCGGCCUCGUGGAUUUCAUGAGGGUCCUGAGUCAUGUUUCGGUGCAUGGAGCCUGGCUUGGCUGCUGCCAUCCAGCCCCCCGCGCGCUAAGCGCAGGAAUCUGGUCCAGGGGGUUUGUUCCGACUCUCGCAGAAGGCAGUGGGGACGUUGACGUCCGGGGGCCGUUCGGUCGCAUGCAUGCGCUUGGACAAGGCUGGAUGUGCACUCCCACCCCCGGCCUCAGAAGGGUGAUGGUGCUUCUGGCUGCAGCCCUUGUGUCGGCCUCGGUGGCUGCAGGGGAAGGCUGGCGAGAGGAAGGUGUGCAGUACGGCCAGGUGGGGGCGGACGUCGUCCUGUCGUGUGCCAGCGCCCCCGGACGCUCGGGGGUGGAGUGGCGGCGGGACGGGGCGGCCACGCUCCCAGAGGGCUGCGUCCUGCGGGAUGGCGACCUGCUGCUGCCACGGGCCGAGCUCGCUGCGGGAGGAGCCUACAGCUGCCACGACGGGACCGGGCAGCUCCUCCGCUCCAUCUCCCUCCGGCUGGGCUACCUGCCCGGGAUCCCCUCCGUCACCUGCCGAGCUUCUGACUACGAGAAUUUCUCCUGUUCCUGGACACCCAGUGUGGAGACGUUCCUCCCCACCAGAUACAUCACCACCUACCGGUAGGGCUGGGCCAUGUGUGCGGGGUAGGUGGGGGGGGUGGGGAAUGCCACUCGCUUUGGGGCGUUAGCCACAGUGGCCUCGCCCGGCCUCAGCUCAGGGAACACCUUUGGUUCUCCCUGCAGACGGGAUUCCUUGUCACGUCCUGGCCUCGAGCGCUGUGUAGCGUUCCCACGCACUGCGUUCCACCCCAGACUUGGCUGCAUUUCAGGGGAGAUGCAGAGUCCAACCUUGUUUAUGCAAAUGAGAUGGGGGGGCAUAAAAGUAUUGUUGAUGAAUGGCUCCGGGUUUGGCUGGUUCCCAAGACGCCUGGAGGCGUUUCGUCCCCGGGAGUGUUAUGCUUAUAAGAAACACAUGGGAUCUUUUUCAGGGGAAAAGGCAACACGCUGCAUUUAUUGAAAAUACAACAGUUAGCAUAUGCCUUUAAUCACAC